GACUACUGCGCCCCUUCCUACCCUGAACACCGUACCCCUAGGUACGCUCUCUUUACGUCUCUCUUUCCUGUCAUUUCCCCAUUCCCCACAGCAUGUAAAGAAGCCUAUGGCUCCGAUGGUAACUUAUAUGCCUGCCAGACAGGCUGCAACGUGACAACCAUAGAGCAAAAGGUACAUAGAGACCAAAUCUAUCAGACCACAGGAGGGACCAAGGAAUUUGGUUUAGUCAUGGAACUGUUUGAAGCGAUCAGCAGCCAGCUACCAAACGGUGACGGCCAGAUGGAAAAGCUGACACAGCAAGCAGAGAGCAUGUACCAACUGCUGCCUGGAGGAGGAAAAGUAUCCGCGUUUGUCAUCAUUGAGGAAAAUAGUGAGCGAGAUGUGCUUGCAAUGCCCCCCGAGUCUUUGAGAGGGUUGAACUGACUGCCACUGAUGGGAGGAAUGAGGGGCUGGUGGUUAGGGAAACAGCCACUUCCUGCCAGAGACAAAAGGAGGCACGACAGUGUGAGGACAAGAAAAGCAACAUCUGCACUUGGGAAAAAUCAAGGGGGCCCACUAUUGUUUGAGUGGUUGAGACUUAUCAAUGGGUUGUCAACGCAAGGCAGGCAACAACCAUGAUUCAGUGGUAGAAGGUUGACACACAGCCUCUACUAAUGUGAGGGUAUUGUGUAGUGUUAUAUAUACCUCCUCCAGAUCUCCCAACUCCAAAGAGAAAGUAAUAGUCGGAGUUUAGAGGUCUGUCCAUAGGAGUAGCAUCAGUGCCUACGACCUUCCUGCUGAAUCUGAGCAGGAACAGGCAAGAGGAGAGAGAG